UGUCGUCCACGAUUCAAACUUGCUAUUAUCAUUCCCUUACGCGGGCGCAUACAUCAGCUUCGAGUACUCUUAGCGCAUAUGCACCCAAUAUGGCAGCGACAGCAAUUGGACUAUACUGUAUAUGUUAUGUGGCAGAGCGGGGAACAUCUGUUCAACAAGGCUAAAAUAAUGAAUGCUGGAUUUCUGGAGGCGAAUAAAGAUCGAAAAUACGAUUGCUAUGUUUUCCAUGAUGUCGAUAUGCUUCUUGAGAACGAUGAAUGUCUGUACUGGUGCCCAACCGAAGACAACCCUCGCAGUUUGUCGGUUUACGUUGACAAAUUUUUUUAUCGUUAUAAAUCCUACACCCUGAAAUGUAGACCAAGUAAUAUCCGGAGGACUCAAACUGUACCAUACUUCGGAGGUGUGGUCAUGGUUACAAAAUCACAAUUUAUGUCCGCCAACGGUUUCUCGAACAUUUACUGGGGUUGGGGCGGUGAAGAUAACGACUUGUACUUACGCUUAUGGAAUCAGGGAUAUCAGCUUCAUAAUCCUUACGGUAAAAGUUGUUCAUAUCAUAUGAUUCGACACAAAAAAGAAAAAUCAAAUGCAGAAAAUAAAGGGCAUUUUGCAUUGAUGACUCACGCCAUCACGCGGAUGAAAUACGAGGGAUUAAACACCUUAAGAUACAAACGCUUGUCAACCAAACGGGAACCGCUUUUUACGAAUAUAACCAUAGACGUCGGACAACCAAUCAAACAAUACGUUGAUUUCAUGAUGUACAAUGUUACUGACGACGAACUAUGUCAUCGUUCGAUGCCAUGGGACUUCCAGCACUACAACUGAAAAACUGGUGUUCCUUAUUAUACCAUAUAAAGGUCUUCAUGCAGUAUAAGGUUCAGCUUUAUCUCUAAGCCAGAGGACAAUAAGAAAGCGUUUUCAAAUACACGGACACGAAAGUCAAAUAGUAUUUUAAAAUGACCCAACGAAAUAAAAUAAACUUCAUGAUGCACAACGUUACUGACAACGAAAUGUCAUCGUUCGAUGCCGUGGUACUUCAAGCACUAUAAGUGAUCCUUUGUUUCGCGAUUGAAGAGCCUUAAUGCAUGAUAAAAAUAAAGCUCUGUGAAGGAUGAAACAAACGAUGCUCAGAUAUAUGAGCACGAAGAUCGAAUGUCAUAUAAAAGUGUUCCUAUAAGUUGAAUCAGCAAAACAGUACUUUGUUGUGUUUCAAACAAGCAGAUCCCCCCUUUUCCGGUCAAAAUGAAAAUGUUUCUGACCAUUCAACAUGCUAUCGCCAGAUGCCGUGGUAUUUCGAGCUUUAUGACCUAAAAACAUCAAAGAGUUGUGUUCAUAUGUUAUCAGUACCAUUAAAUUCUAAGAUAUAAUUUCUAUAUUCAUUCCGGGAGAAAGGAAAGGUAAUAAGACCGCUUAAUCAUAUGUAGGGUUGCCAUAUUUUUGUGACUUCAAAGUGGGACGCAUCUAAAGACAACGACACCUCAGCUGUGAUUUUGUAACUUCACAUUUUCCGUUUUUACUAUACAUUGGCCUACAUUUAAAGCUAUCCCGGAUGUCUUCAUUGACCUUAUUGUCAUCGAGAAUUCAAGCGCAUAUUCUCUGUCCAAAUAUCGGGUUCAGUUCGAGAAAAUAGAAAGAAAUUGACGUUAACGAUACCGAUACAAAUAAUUCGAAUUUAGACU